UUUGAUUAUGAAAAUUUAUUUACAUAUUUUAACAUGUAUUUAUCUAUUUAUCGGAAUCGUUUAUUCCAAUUCUAAAUGUUCUUACGAAGAGAAAUGCGAUAAAGGUAAACCCGGCAUGAUAAAUGUACAUAUUAUACCCCACACUCACAACGAUCCCGGCUGGCUUAAAAACGUGGACGAAUAUUAUGUGGGAAGUAACAAAAAUAUCACUUUGGCUGGAGGUGUCGAGACCAUCAUAGAUUCCGUUCUGCAAAAUCUGGAGGAAAAUCCGGACCGGAAAUUUUCGUACGCCGAAGGAGCCUUCAUUUAUCGCUGGAUAGUCGCGCACCCGAAUCAGAAGCGUCGAAUGCAACGAUUAAUUGAUAAUGGUCAAUUAGAAAUAUUGUUAGGAGGAUGGGUCAUGAAUGAUGAAGCGUGCACGCACUAUAAUGAUAUCAUUAAUCAAAUGACGUUAGGAUUGAAAAUGUAUCGAGAUACUUUCGGAGAAUGCGCAAUACCGGAAAUAGGGUGGCAAGUAGAUGUAUUUGGCCAAUCGGCUGCUUAUGCUGAUUUAUUAGCUAAAUUUGGUUUCAGCGCUACCUUUUUUGGACGCGUCUCCGAUGACGUCAAAUACGUCAAAUUGAUUCAAAGGCAACUGGAAUUUUUGUGGAGCCCUCUUCCAGAUUUCUCGAAAAUAUAUGAUGAUGAUCAUCAUCAUCAUUUUCUAACUCGUUCGAUUGACACGCGUCAUUCAAAGGAUAGUAACAUCUUUGUGUCCAUUUUACCCAAUAUCUAUCAACCCCCAAUGGGCUUUUGUUUCGAUAUUUUAUGCCAAGACGAUCCAAUACAAGAUGACAUCCAUAUGACGGGUUACAAUGUUCCACAAAAAUUGAAAGCUUUUUUGGAUAUGAUGCUAUCCCAGGCCAAGUGUUACGAUACCAACCAUGUUAUAGUAACGAUGGGGAACGACUUCACUUACCAAGCGGCACAAAAUUGGUACACCAAUCUCGACAAGCUUAUCAAAUAUGUCAAUCUACAAAGGAGUUUAAACGAUUCGGACAUCAGAUUCAACGUCAUGUAUUCCACCCCCGGUUGUUAUAUGUACGCCCUGCGCAACGCGAAAAUCGGCAUAGGCGACCAGCGAGAUCAACCUUCAAAACCAACAAACCUCAAAUCUUAUACGGACAAUAAUGACGAAUGGGAACAUAACAAAUAUUCCCAAGAUUAUAUAGACGAGGUCUUAUUUGGCGGGAAAUAUGGGAAAUAUUGGCCCGCGGUUCGAGAAAGUACGGACUUCUUCCCGCUCGUGAAUUAUAAAAUAAACGUGUGGACUGGUUAUUACGCUAGUAGGCCUACGUUUAAGGGAAUGAUCAGGGAUACCAGUCGAUUUUUGCAGAUUUGCAAGCAGGUUCAAGCAUUAUCAAGCUUGAAUAUCUACCAGGAAGAUGUGACCAAUUUCGAAAGGUCUCAAGCUUUAGCCCAGCACCACGACGCCAUCACCGGAACUGCCAAACAAGCAGUCACGUACGAUUAUAUUAAGAGACUCCGCCAAGGACAAUUGGCAUGCCAGUCGGUUAUUGAAGAAGCAUUUAGGAGAUUAUUAGUGAUUAAACCGAAGCAAGUCAUUCACUUUUGCCCUCUUCUCAAUAUUAGCGUAUGCCGCUUCACUCAAACUAAUACCGAGUAUGAUGUAUUGCUAUUCAAUCCAUUGGCAUGGGAUGUUGAAUUCUACGUGAACUUACCUAUCAGAAGUAUACAUAUACAAGUUCGUGACGUUCUUGAGUCGCCUAUCGAUUUUCAGAUUUCGACGGUGCCGUCUUCCGUUAUCCGCGUACCAGAACGGUAUUCGGGUGAGAAUAGAAUGAUCCCACAGUGCAACAUCUCUUUAACAUUUUUAGCCCAAGUUCCGGCCCUAGGUACAGUUAGAUAUUCAGUUCUUUCAAAAAUUAUGACUCCUGUCAGUUCACACAUCGUUCACCCUUUCUUCCAACGGGACAACGAAAUAACCAAUCAAAUCAUCUCGAAUUAUCUAACCCCUUCAUCUACCAAUCAUAUUACAGAUAGCCCAAAUAAAGACAUUCCUGAUACGUUUAAAAAGGAUAAUUUAUUUAUGGAAAACAAGUUUUUGAAGUUAGUCUUCGAUCCUGACACCAAGCAAAUGGCAUUAUUGACCAACAAAGUUUCCGACAUAGAAGUUCGACUAAAUCAAUCAUUUUAUUGGUACGGUCAAUCCUCUGCCAAAAGUUCAGAUGCUUAUCUCUUCAGAUCUAACGCUUUGGAAGCUAACAAUAUUUCUUCAUUUAGCAAUGGAAUUCAAUUAAAAAUAAUUAAAGGAACUCUAUUUGACCAAGCCAGACAAAUAUUUUCCCCUUGGCUUUAUCAAGAUAUAACUCUCUACAAAAAUGCUAAUUAUUUGGAUAUGGCGUGGACCGUGGGCUCCAUCCCCAUACACGAUAAGAUAUCCAAAGAUAUUGUUAUGAGAAUUGAUUCCGACAUCGCGUCCUCUGUCUACAGGAGGGUACGCAGUAGUUCUAAUAAAAGGUUAGGUCGGUUUACAAAAUUCAACAAGUUUUACACGGAUUCCAACGCAAGAUUUAUGAUGCCGCGUUCCGUAGCCAAUAUCGAAAACAUUACCACUUUCGAUUAUGACUUGCUAAAUUUUGAUCAGGCCAAUAUGGGGAAGAUGGAUCCUUAUAACUUCAUACCUAAGCAGUACUAUCCCGUGAAUUCAAAGAUUUUUAUCAAAGAUGAAAAAAAGAAGGAUACGAAACGCAAAAGACAAUUGGGAAUAGUCAAUGAUAGGUCCCAAGGAGGCACUUCCCUAAAGGAGGGGAGUAUCGAAUUGAUGGUGCACAGAAGAAUGGUCAGCGACGCGGGCUUGGGUGUCGAUGAAGUGCUCAACGAGACCGGUUCUGAUGGUCAAGGUUUAAUCGCUAGGGGAAAACAUUUGUUGGUCUUUGAUACGAGGGUUCGCUGCAAUAAACUGAUGACGAAGUUGGCUCAAACAGUUUAUUUGUCGCCUCAAAUAAUGUUUCUCACACCCGACAACGACAAACGAAAUAGCUAUAAUAAUUCUAAAUUGAAGACACCGAGAUCAUUCCUAAUCAAGGAAUUACCGGCAAACCUUCAUUUAUUGAGCCUUUAUCAAUGGGGCGAGAAGCGUAUUCUUCUGAGGUUAGAGCACAUCUAUUCGCCAGGAGAACAUCCUCAAUUAUCAAAACCGGUUACUAUAGAUCUCAAACGUAUAUUCUCGACAUUUACUGUGGAAUCAUUGAUAGAAACGACGCUUGGGUGCCAACGAAAAAUUGAACGACGUUAAAAAGUUUGAAUGGCCAACCGUGAACAAGAGUCGUUUUCAUGAUGAUGUUGACAAACCUGAGCGACGAACAAACUCUUCCACCUCCUAUAUCACCCUUUACCCCUUGGACAUUAAAACAUUCUUAUUAAAUGUUUCGUUUUUUAUAAAUUAGAUCAAU